AUGGCUCAAAACAAUGUUGGCGCCCAUGCUCAAAAUGAUUCUUCGAGAAUGCUUGCAAGCAAAGCAAGUCCAAGCAUCAAGAAAGAGCUAGAGAAACAGCUACAAGUAGAAGAUGACUCAAACAGGCAAGAAAUGGAAUCCUUCGCGGACUAUUACGCUAUCAUUAGAACCAUGGAAAAACUUGAAACACAGUACAUCCGAGGCACCAUAGCACCAGAUGUGUAUGAGAAGGAAUGUCAGAAACUCCUUCCUCGAUUCUCUACACUCAAAGAGUGCCUCCCCAGCGACAUGCAGAAUCCCGCAAUGGCGAUCCCCACGUUCAUGUCAAGAUACCAGCUCAAAGCCGCACGAGCUGCAAACAGAUUCGCAACAGGGGUUCCUGCCACGUGCUCAGCCGGCGGCGGUGAAGACUCGAGCAAGAUUGCACUCUUUGUGGCAGAAGCAGUUCAAGGUUUUAUCACGCUCAUGGAUUCUCUGCGUCUCGGGAUGACAGCGGUGGAUCAAGUUCAUCCUCUUACUGCCGACGUUGUCAACGCAUUGAACAAGAUUGCCCAACUACCGGCUGAUUUCGAGCCCAAAAUGAAAGUCAAGUCUUGGUUGCAGAUUCUCAGCGCAAUGAGAGCCACGGAAGUCUUGGAUGAGGUAUGA